ACAGUAAGUAAGAAAAAAUGAGAAAAAAAUAAAUUAACAUAACAAUGUAUUACAAUAAAUGGAUUGUUUUAUAAAAUGAGACUUUUCGUCAUUACCUAACGAGACAUUUAACGAUAGAUGCAAUUAAUAAAAUUUACUCCUUGUUUGGAUAGUUGUUACCCAUUGUAUUGUAUUGUCGGUUUAAAUACAAUGUUUGUUAUAAUUGUUACUUAAAUUUUAUUGUAUCGUAUAGUUUAAAUCCAUCGUUAGGUAACGAUGAAAAGUCUCAUUUUUGUGUAACGACCGAUUUGGUGUGAUUGCGUCGUUACCUUGAUAUUUUCUUCUCAUUUUUUCCUUAUUAUUUGAUAAUUCUAUUUUAUCAUAUACCGUAGCUUUUCACAGUAGCUUUACCUCAUAUCCUACUUUUUUUAUAGAUGUGUGGCAAAAAGGAAAAAAAUAAAUAAAUAGAUGUGUGGCAUUAUAUAACACCCUGAACGAUACAAUCUAUCUAAACUUUAUAUUAAAUAACAAUCAAAAUAAACAUUUUGUUUAAACUAACAACAUAACUACAAAAGGCCAGGUAAUGCUGAUCUAAAUUGAUGUUGCUGUUUUUUGAUCUAGGAAACCAAUUACAUAGAGAUGGCUAAUGCUGCUGUGAUUUCUCUCAUACGAACUUUGGAGGAACUCGUGCAGAGAAAGCCACAUUUGAUAAGUGAUGAAACAAGAACAAUGGUGGAUUCCCUCUUUGGUAGUCUUGAAUAUUUCCAAGAUUUUCUUGAGAACACUAGCAAGAGAAGGCAAAAAUAUUGUGGAAAGGUUGAAGAGUUGGAGAGAGAGAUUAGAACGGCAGUGGAAGAAGCAGAAGAUGUGAUUGAACUUAAGAUCAUAUAUGGAAUAAAGGAAAAAGAGGGAUUAUCCAAUACUUUCUUGAGAACACCUGUAGAAAAGAUUGGUACACCAAGGGAAAGAAGGGCAUUACGCCAAUUGUUGCUACCAUUUGUAGAAAAGAUAGAUGCUGUGAAGAGGAAUGUGAUGGGAAGUAGUUUUGUUACAAAUCAAGUUCAAGGCUAUGAUGAUUCUACAAAUGAGGAUUUGUUGCCUGGUCAUUUAUCUAGAUAUGUUGCAAAACUGAAUCCAAGAAAUAUUGUCGUGGGUCUUGAAGAUGAUCUCGUGAGAAUAAUCAGAAGACUAAAAGGGCCAAUGUUAACUCGAGAGAUUAUCCCCAUUUUAGGAAUGGGGGGAAUAGGAAAAACCACUCUUGCUAGAAAGGCAUUUGAUGAUUUUGAAACUAGGCAUCGCUUUGACAUCCAUAUUUGGGUGACCGUAUCUCAAGAAUAUUGUAUUAGAGAUAUGCUGUUGGACAUUCUUCGUUGUACUUCAGAUGAGACCAAUGAUCAGUUGAUGGAUAUGAUAUACAAAAAGUUAAAGGGUAGGAGGUAUCUUGUUGUAAUGGAUGAUAUUUGGAGUAGUGACGUCUGGGAUCUUAUGACAAGAACUUUUCCAGAUGAUAACAAUGGGAGCCGAAUUAUUUUUACUAGUAGGCAGGAAGAGGUUGCUAAUCAUGCAGAUCCUGAUAGCAAUCCUCAUAAAAUGAACCUCUUAAAUUCAGAUAAUAGUUGGAAGUUACUUCGUGACAAAGUGUUUGGGGUAGAACAUGCAUGUCCUCUUGAAUUAGAGUAUAUUGGAGCGCAAGUCGCACAAAGGUGCCAAGGACUGCCUUUAGCUCUUCUAGUGGUUGCGGGACAUCUCUCUAAAAUUUCUAGAACACAAAAAAGUUGGGAAGAUGUUGCCAAAAGUGUAAGUAAAGUUGUUGCUAAUGAAUCAGAUAUAUGUCUAGGAGUGCUUGCUAUGAGUUACAAUUACUUACCUGAUCAUCUUAAACCAUGUUUCCUUUACAUGGGAGUCUUCCCGGAAGACAGUGUUGUUAACAUUGAUAGACUGAUGAAGUUAUGGAUUUCUGAGGGUUUUCUAUCGGAUGAAUUAGGGGGAAGAGAUUGUUUGGAGGAUCUUGUUAGCAGGAAUCUGGUAAUGGUUAGAAACAGGACUUUUAAUGGUGAGGCAAAAACAUGUGGUGUCCAUGAUCUGAUUCGUGAUUUGAUUUUAAGAGAAGCCAAGAAAGAGAAGUUCCUAAAUAUUACUAGAAUUCAUAAAGCCACUAAUUCUUUGGCAAAGAAGCUUACAAGUGCUCGUCGCUACAGUUUCCAUUCACGCGAUCAGGCUGCUUUUUGGAAGUUAUCCAAUAUCAUCCGAACAUUCCACUUCUUCAGUGGAUUUCAAAAAAUUUCUAAACAAGUUCCUCUUUUGGUGUCCUUCAAAUUGCUAAGAGUGUUGGCAAUCCUAAAUGUUACAUUUCAAAUAUUCCCACUUGAGAUAACAAAAUUAGUACAACUCAGAUACCUUCAAUUCACUUGUUAUGAUAAUAUUCACAGGUCAGUAUCAGAGCUUUAUAAUCUGCAAACAUUCAUUCUUGGUUACGGAGUUGAAGGUUUAUUACCUCCAACCAUACCUGCGGGAAUUUGGCAAAUGAGAAACUUAAGGCAUCUUCAUAUCGGUGACUUCUUUUCUUUUCCUAUUCCAUCAAACAAGCUACAAAAUCUACAGGAACUCUCCUGUCUAACUUUGAGUAACUGCACUUCUGAAUUAUUUUCUCAUAUUCCCAAUCUUAAAAAGUUGGAAAUUGUUGGAAAUUAUCUGAUGGAAAUGAAGAGAGAACGCCUAAAUAGCCUUUCAUGUUUAAAAGAACUUGAAAUCUUGAAGUACAGGGAUGACGGGAUACAACCUUCCCAAAUCCCAAGUAAGUAUGCUUUGCCAAUAUCGCUGAAGAAGUUGACUUUACGUCGUACUAGUUUACCAUGGGAAGACGUGGCAAAUAUUAUAACGUUGCCAAACCUUGAGGUGCUUAAAAUUAAAGACAACGGAUUUCUUGGUGAUGUAUGGAGAUUAAAUGAUGAAGAUAUUUUCAAUCAACUUAAGUUCCUCCUAAUCAGCUGGACAGGUCUGAAGCACUGGAAAGCUGGUAGUAUUAACUUCCCAAAGCUGCAACGUCUAUGUCUGAAAAGAUGCAUGAACCUGGAGGAAAUCCCUCAAGACUUUGGGGAAAUAUGUACCUUGGAGUCAAUAGAGUUGCAUGGAUGCAGUAUAUCCGCUGCUAAAUCUGGCAAAGAAAUUCAAGAAGAACAGGAGAGCAUGGGGAAUGAAUGUCUUAAUGUCCUCAUCUAUAAUCAUCCUUUGAGUAGCCUGAUUUAUUCAGUAUGCUUUAAUACCCCUGCUCGAAUUAAGAAAAGAACAAAAGAAAUUUGUAGGUUGAGAGCUCAUCUUGAUAGAAAAUGUUAUGGUUCAGUCCAAGCCCAAUGUCAACAACACCUGGAUGUCACACAAGCAACUAUUGGGCUGAAAUAUAAGACUAGAAGACCUUCACAAAGGUUGAUUCCAGACGAUACAGGCCUAGUUAGCAACUGGUUUAAAAGUAGUAGUAGUUAGAAAGAACAGGAGGCGAAUCGUGAAGUCUCUGCUCCUCAUCUCUACCCUUCUAAUUUCUGAAACUUCUCAUCUCCUUCUGGUUCCCAGUUAAUUGUUGUUUUAGUAUUUGUAUAUACAUAUCAGUGUCUGUAUGUUGAAAUUGGUUUGUAUAGAAAAUCUUCUGUGAGCUUGAUGGAUAAGGGAUUAACCCCAUUUUUUGAAAAACGGAAUCAACUAAGAUUAAAUUAGUUGAAGUGACCAUUCUGUAUAGGUAUAAUGAAAUUCACUUUCCCGAGA